CUCCUCCUCUCUCUCUCACCGACAGAUCUCUCUCCACUGCGUCUCUCACCCCUUUGCCCCCCACCCAGCUCAGUCCCUCACUCCUCUGACGCACGACAGGGAAACGAGCCCGAGGAACAGAAAGAAAUAUAUAUUUUUUUUAAAAGCUGACCCAACCGUCGGUAUGAUCCACAGACUUUUGCUCCUGCUGCACCGGACAGAGGCACAGUCCUGAAUCCGAGGGGAGGACACUCUCACCCGGACACACUGCUGUUGAGCGCUCGCCCGGGGGGCGGCGGCGGCGACGGAGGAGGAGGAGGAGGAGUAGAGGGGAGGAAGAGGAAGCGGACGGGCACAAGUCGAGGGCUUGCAUUUUAAGCAAACUGCUAAGGAAAGAAGGAGACGAAGAAAAAAGAAGGAGAGAGAGAGUCACCAGGAGCGAGGAGUGUGGGAGAUUGCAUUCCUCUCACGUCUUCAUUUCUCCUCGGAGAGAGAGAGAGAGAGAGAGAGUGUGCGAGGGAGAGGGAGAGAGAGCAAGAGAGGAGAGAGAUCUAACAAGAUUCACACUAGUGCUCUUGUUUUCCUGAUGCUGUCCAAUUGCACUGCGAAACUAAGAGCCCGGCAUCGGACGGUGAACGGGACGCACCGGGAACACAUCGCAGGAGGAUAUGUGAAGUUGGAAUCCCGCUAAACUAAUGCUGUGAAGUGGCUCUCUCCCUGGAGCCGAAACUUCAUCCCCUCGGUGUCAGCGAGGAUGCUGUGGGUUACCUUGCUGAGCACCAUAGCCUUAGGAUGGACCACCCCGAUCCCACUGCUGGAGGACUCCGAGGAGAUCGACGAGCCCUGCUUCGAGCCUUGCUACUGCGAGGUCAAGGAGGGCAUCUUCCACGUCCACUGUGACAGUAAAGGAUUUACAAAUGUUAGCCAGAUCUCACAGAUAUGGAGUCGGCCCUUCAAACUCAAUCUGCAGAGGAACUCGAUGAGGAAGCUUUACUUUAACAGCUUCCUCCAUCUCAACAAUGCCAUAUCCAUUAAUCUCGGUAACAAUGCCUUGCAAGAUAUCCACGCAGGAGCAUUCAAUGGCUUGGGAAUACUCAAACGGCUGUUCCUACAUGAAAACAAACUGGAGGUUUUCCGGAAUGACACUUUUCUGGGGUUGGAGAGUUUAGAGUACCUCCAGGCGGACUACAAUGUUAUCAAACGGAUUGAAAGUGGUGCAUUCAGGCACCUUCACAAAUUAAGAGUGCUGAUACUAAAUGACAAUCUGAUCCCCGUGCUACCCAAUUAUCUUUUCCGGUCCGUGUCGCUCACACAUCUGGACCUGAGGGGAAACAGACUAAAGACUCUGCCGUAUAAAGGCAUGCUGGAGUACGUUGGGAGGAGCCUAAUGGAAAUCCAGCUGGAGGAGAACCCCUGGAACUGUGUGUGUGAGAUUGUCCAGUUAAAAACGUGGCUGGAGAGAAUCCCCUACACAGCUCUGGUUGGUGAGAUCACAUGUGAGUACCCGUUCCACUUACAUGGGAAAGACUUACGGGAAAUCAAGCGCAGUGAGCUCUGCCCGCUGCUCUCCGAUGCAGAGAUUGAGGCCAAGCUGGGAAUUCCCCGGAUCCCGUUCAGCAACGAGAACACAUGGCCUACUAAACCUUCCUCCAUGCUCUCCUCCUUUCACAACACAGCCUCUUCUGUGGAAAACAGGGAAAGAGCUGUUAAGCCUACCAAACGACCUCGGCCCACAAAGAACCCCCCAACCCCUCGUAGCAUCUACCCAGGCAUCAACCAGCCCCCUGUUGCUGGCUACCAAACAAGGCCUCCCAUUCCAAUCAUUUGUCCAGCUGGAUGUACUUGUAACCUUCACAUCAAUGACCUGGGGCUAACGGUGAACUGCAAAGAGAAAGGCUUCCACAACAUCUCCGAGCUCCUGCCUCGACCUCUCAAUGCCAAGAAAUUAUAUCUUAGCGGGAACCUUAUACAGAAAAUCUACCGUUCUGAUUUCUGGAACUUCUCAAGCUUGGAUUUACUGCAUUUAGGGAAUAAUCGGAUAUCCUACGUCCAAGAGGGCGCCUUUAUCAACCUGCCAAACUUGAAGAGUUUGUACCUGAAUGGGAACGACAUAGAGAGACUCGCCCCCGGUAUGUUUCGGGGGCUUCAGAUGUUGAGUUAUCUUUACUUUGAGUACAACGUCAUACGUGAGAUACAACCUAACUCCUUCUCCCUGAUGCCCAACCUCCAGCUGGUUUUCCUCAAUGACAACCUGCUGCGCUCCCUCCCCAAUGAUGCAUUUGCAGGCACCAACCUGGCACGUCUCAAUCUGCGCAACAACUACUUCCUUUCCAUGCCCGUGCGUGGCGUUCUGGAGCAUCUGACCUCCAUUGUCCAGAUUGACCUCCAUCAGAACCCCUGGGAAUGCACCUGUGAAAUCAUCCCCCUCAAACAGUGGCUGGAGAAGCUCUCUUCUGUCAUCGUGGUUGGAGAUGUCAUGUGCAAGACACCCGAGUUUGCUUUUGGGAAGGACCUGCGUGCCCUGGAGGUGGAGGUCAUCUGUCCUGAGCUCAAGAUCUCCUCAGGCCCCUCACCGGCACUGCCUGGUGGGGAUGACCUCACCACCGGGAGCUCUGAAAUGGGGGAGGCAAGUGGGAGAGGAGCUGUCCCACUGUCUGUUCUAAUCCUCAGCCUACUCAUCCUCUUCAUCUCCGCUGUGUUUGUGGCCGCUGGGCUUUUCGCCUUUGUUCUCCGUCGCAGGAAGAAGCUCCCCUUCCGGAAACGCUCCGAGGUAGACCUGACGGGGAUCCAGAUGCAGUGCCGGAUGUUCGAGGACCCACCGAGGCAGAGCUGUUCUGGAAACACCUGCACACCGGAGAAACCGACACCCAGUGCACACACACACACUCACUCUGGUCACACACAUGCCCAUGGUCACGUUUAUGAUUACAUCCCCCACCCUGUGACUCAGAUGUGCAACAACCCCAUCUAUAAACCUAGAGAGGGGGAAAUAGCUGAGGAAGACAGGGCGCAGUUUUCAGAGAAGAAAGACAAUGGCAGCAGUAGCAACAGUAACUACAGAACCUUGUUAGAGAAGGAAAGAGAGUGGACCCUGGCCGUCUCAAACUCUCAGCUCAACACCAUCGUCACAGUUAACCAUGCCACGGCUGACAUGGCAGGAUAUCACGAGAACGGAGGGCUCUGUCCCACGGUGAUUGACAGUCAGAGGCCGACACCAACAGUGGGCUUUGUAGACUGUUUGUAUGGGACAGUACCCAAACUAAAGGACAUGCAUGUGGCGCAUGCGCACCCACCAGGCAUGCAGUACCCGGAUUUGCAGCAGGACGCACGGCUGAAGGAGACAUUGCUUUUCACGGCAGGGAAAGCCCUCUACCCCGACCCGUCCCAUAGCGAUUACCUCGAGUUAAGGGCCAAACUUCAAACCAAGCCGGAUUACCUCGAAGUCUUGGAAAAAUCUUACCGGUUUUAACGUCUCUUGCCACAUGGAGUUAGAGAAAAAAACACAAAAUCAUUCACUUUGCCACCCCUCGAAAAACAAAAAUCACCCAAUAUCGAAAAAACAAACUUGAAAAAGCAGCAUGAUAUAAAAUAAGAUAUUAUAUUACAAAGUAUCCCCCCCUCAAAUCACUUUGGAGGAGAGGCCAUUCUCAGAUAUUUCAAUGAAGUGCCUUUUUUUCAGAGUAGCCAGCAAUGUCAACAGCCGUUAUUUUUAUAAUAUAUAAAUAUCUCUAUAUGCCCAAGAAAGAGCAAAAGAGGAAACGAGAGGGGCGCCGGGGAAUGAAACAUACAAAACAUCCUGAAAUACAUCUGUCACUAAAACCCCUUUUUAUGGAGUUACCGUGAUGCGAAAGACAAACGGGAGCUGGACGUCUCCCUGACUGGGGGUGUGUGUGGGGUGGGGUGGGGGGGGGGGGUUCUUUCUGUCUCUUUUACCCCUUGACUAGGAUGUACAAACACCCGGAGGCCGUGCACAUAACGUUUGUAGGAAAUGAAUCGAAGGGAGAGAAAAAUAAAUAUAAGACGAACUGCAGUUUGCUGCAUGCACUCGCUUCGGUGCAGGAAGUGAGGGGAUUUACUCAGAACUAUCACGUAAUGAACAGAUACUGCAACGCAUUUACAGUUCAGUGUUCUAUUUAAUUUUUAUAUCUUAUUAAUAUGGUUAUUACUAUUAAUGAGGACUUCUGUCUAUAUCAGGGUGCUUCUCGUAAAAAAGGACGCGCCGACGCACGGAUGGUAAAACAUUUGUGAAUAUUAUUAUAAGACAACGCUCAAGGUUUUCUGGAUAUGUCCAUGCACUUUGUUGACACCCCCCCCCCCCCCUCCAUUGCUUCUGGAUUCCUCCAUCGUCACCCACUAAUGGCUUUGUAGGAGGCACUUUUAAUGUUUUCUCUCUCACAAAGAUUUCCAAGAAAAAUGUGCAUAUAUUUAUUCUGUAAUUUCAGUGAAGAAUUUAAUUGUAAAGGUAAUGUUAAAAUCAAUGUAUAGUGAUUAUGCGUCUGGUAUAGCCUUCUUAAUAAAAACAAACUCUUCAAUCAAAAUGAUGAAAGGGUUGAUGCCACGGGAACCUGUGUGUGGAGCACUGUUGACAGGCUGUGUAUUUGGUGUCUUGUUAAAAUGGCAUGGUGUGGCCAACCAUCAUGAGGUAAUGCUGCUGCAGAGGAGAGAAUAGCUACUGAACCAAUAGAGUGCUGGACAGGAAUGUAGUGGAGGGCAAUAACAUUAAAUACGGAGCUCAGCUGCUUAUUAUUUCUGGAUUCAAUUCAUUAAAAUGUUAGGGAAAAGGUCCAUUUACAAGGUAAACUUACAUGUUUUCUGUCCAAUGGUAGUUAAUGCUAUGAUUUUUUUAAAAUGUUCCACCACAUUACUGGCACUAGUAGGAUGUUAUCUAAAGCUAAAUACAGAAAAGUCAAAAGAAAGCUGCUGGAUUUGAAAUGAUGAGACAGGAUAUACCAAAUCAACAAGGCACACUGUAUUCUUAAUUAUCUAAACGGGUAUCUGAUGAAGGCUAAUAAACUGUAAUUGAGAAGGUGGAUGAAAAUGCAAAUUGGAAAUCGCUUUUUUGGAUUUACGCAACUAAUUAUGACUCCCUCUAAAGUAGCAAUGUGGAUUCAGUCCACUAGAGGGCGGUACCCAUGCGAUUAGAUUCAUUGGGCAAUUGGACGCAGUUGUAAUUGUAUGCACACAAGGCUUAUCUUAAGCGAUCAUGUCUCAUAAUCAGUAUGAAUUAUUUUUGAAAUAUAUAUAUAUAUAUAUAAAACCUACAAGUGGCAUAAGAUCAUGUUAUUAGUUCCAGCACAGUGUCAUGCUAUUUGUUUAUUUUGAUCCCUUAUAUCGACUACACGUCUUGAAAAUGGCAGAAUAAAGCAGGUCGCUCUAGCUGUAUAAAAACACUAUUUUCAAAAAGGAAAAAAAAAAAUCAAAGAGCCGAUCUUUGCUUUUACAUAUUGGUAUUAUCUUUUUUAUUCCACAUUGAAAUCCCUAAUAGUAAAUCAUUCCUAAAAAGUCUCCACCACAGCAAAUAUCCAUUGCUUAACUUCUUUUGCGGUGAUUCUUUUUGUUUUUGAUGUUUUAUAUUUCCCUAUCCAAGCCAAGAUUCAUUUUUGGGACCAAACAGUACAAGCAAACAAAAACCAAGAUUGAAGCAGCUGUUGAGUAAACAUGGUGUUACAGUAUACACAUCAUCAUAGUGCUUUUUAAACUCUUUUCUAACGCUGACAUUUAAUUUGGGAAACACAUGAUGCAAUCUUGAUGUCUAUAAAUUUGUGAAUAUCGAUGGAAAGAAAAAAAGGUGCAUUUCUGUUUCUGUUUAAAAAUGGGCAUAAUAUGCAAUAUGCUUUGAUUUCAGUAGGUUUUCCUAGGAGUGAUGAUUCCCCCAUUUGCAAAUUGGAUGUUAUAGUUUUUUCAUAUGUGUCAACUUACACUAAGUGGAAGAUAUGUAGCAAACACUUCAAAUGGAAAGGCCCUUAGCUAGUUUAGAGCAGUCAUCACCAGUAUUGGUCAUCAAUGAUCCGGUCUCCAAGCUUGCAUAAAAUGAAACCAUGUGUUGUUUUCAUUGUUGGGUUUCUUUGAGAGGAAGUCCUCUUCAUAUAAAGCCUUUCCAAGCAUGGUAGAAUUAUGUCGAGGCUCUUUGUAGGACGUUUCACAAUGCUGUACCCCCGUAUUCUUCUGCUCCCUCAUUUCUUUUAUAUGUUUUUUAACACACACACAGAGGUCCACACACACACACAUAUACACAUACACGUUAAGCCUUCCUUUUCCCUGACCGAGAGGUUAGAGUAUAUGGUCAGCAUUUUCAGUGUGCACUCAGUUUGAUUAAAAACAUAAUACAUUACUCUGUUAACCUCAUCAUCACCCCCCCCC